AUGGCAAGCAACUCUUUGCGAAACAUUGUCGUGGUGGGCGGUUCUUUUGUUGGCCGGACUACCGCGCAGGAGCUGGCCCGACUUAUCCCUCCGACGCACAGGGUGCUUCUAACCGAGCCCCAUAGUCACUUUCACCACCUUUUCACCUUUCCUCGAUUUGCAAUUGUGCCUGGUCAAGAACACAAAGCCUUUAUUCCAUACAGCGGAAUUUUUUCCGAUGUGCCUAAUCCAGCGGCCCACAGUGUGGUUCAAGCUCGCGUCUUGUCUGUUAAACCGCAGCAUGUGGAGCUAGAUCGUGAAUGGCAGGGUUCAAAAGAGAUUGCGUUUGACUACGUUGUUCUUGCAACCGGGACGCGCCUCGCCCAGCCGGCAGGUAUGAAGGCCGACGACAAGAUAUCAUCAGUCAAGUAUCUCCAACAACAUCAAGCCGAGGUCCAGCGGUCCCAAUCAAUUAUGAUUGUUGGUGGUGGUGCUGUGGGUGUCCAGAUGGCAACCGACCUGAAGGAAUUUUACCCUGAAAAAGAAGUCACGGUGGUGCAGUCAAGGCCUCGCUUAAUGCCCAAUUUCCAUCCCCAAUUGCAUGAACUCAUCAAAGAGCGAUUCGAUGAACUCGGGGUUAGGCUCAUCACUGGGUCUCGGGUAACCAUCCCCUCCGAGGGUUUCACUAGUAAUGGCGGGCGGUUUCAAGUGCAACUCACAAACGGCACGACUGAGUCCCCAGAGUUUGUUAUUCUUGCGACUGGCCAAACACCGAACAACCAGAUGGUUGCUGAUUUAAUUCCCUAUGCGUCCGCUACCGAAUCUGUGGUCAAUCCAGAGAACGGCUUUAUUCGAAUUCGACCAACCAUGCAAUUCCUGGAUAAGCAAUACCCUAACAUGUUCGCAGUUGGCGAUAUUGCCGACACCGGGGCGCAGAAAGCUGCCCGUCCAGGCUCUGCCCAGGCGGCAGUGGUUGCGAAGAACAUUCAGGCUAUGAUAGAAGACAAAGUUCCGUCAGAUACAUUUGUCAAGGGCCCUGGAGCAAUUCAUUUGACGCUGGGAAUGCAAUAUAAUGUUAUUUUCCGAAACCCGAACAUCGCUGAAGGUGACAAGGAACCAUGGAUCAACAAAAAAUUUGAUGGCCAAGAGGACAUGAAUGUGGAGGCGAUGUGGCAGAGGCUUGGAGUAACAGUGGACAACCCACGCCAAUAUCACCUUUGA